AUGGCGCCGGAGUUCGAAUGGGGGCGACCUCGGAGACAGGAUUGUCGGCGGACUCGCUUCUGGCACUCGUCGUUUCCGGAGCUGCUGAGCCUGCUCCCGUUCGUGGCGGUUGUGCCUGUGCAUGAUGUCACCCCGUCCUGGAGAUCGAAGCUUCCACGGAAGUGGAACGAUCCAGAUCACCCUUUUUGCCCACGUGCAGUGGACAAUGAGUGGCUGCCCCCAACCAUCCUGCAAGCGCCGGUGGCCAACGUCUGCGCCAUGGAGGAGUCAGCGAAGGAAGCCGCGGCAGGGAGGGAAGGGGCGAGUUGA